CCAUGACGACGACAAACUUUACGGAGAAGCUGAAAGUGAGUAGCUAACGUUUACCUGUCGACUCGCCUAACGAACGAGCUUCGCGUGUCUUCGCUCGAAUUCCUCAUUUUAAACGUGUAAUAUGCCGAAAAAGGAGUCUCUUUAACGUCCGUCGAGAAAAGGUGUUUUAGCUGCAUGUCUCGGAGUCGGUCUUCACGGAGAACCGGGAGCAUGAGGCCGGUAAACGCCGCCGCUGACGGGCGGGAAAUGCGCAGCGUGAUCGCGGAGGACCCCGAGUGGUCCCUGGAGCUGGUUCCUCUGCUAACAACCCUCUGUCUGCAACAUAUCAUAAACCAUUUUACAGAGAAACCCAUUUUGGAUGAUCUUACGCCCGACUACAAAGCGUACGUCCUCCAGCGACUGCCGACGUCUCUUCCCUUGACGGUCAGCGCAAACCUCAUCAGUGACGAGGGCUACUGGAAGCGCUGCUGUGAAGGUCGCUGGGCUGUUGGGGACGUCUCGGCGUACGACAACAGCUGGAAACGCAUGUUCUUCGAGCGUCACCUGGAGAACAUCAUUGAAUACUUCAUCCCGGAUGCGACCGACACCAAGACGAUCCUGGAGGCGGUGCCACUCUGUCGAAACUUCAUAAAACGACUCCGAGUCUCUCAGCUGCUGCCGCCCAUCAAAGAGUCGGCCAGGUUUGACGAGGACGACCGCUCGGAUUGCGCCAGCGACACGGGCAGCGAAGGACCCUCCAUGGAUCACUUCGAUUUCCGGAUGCUGCUCGACAAGCUGCCCAACCUCGUAGAGUUCGACGUGGUGUACGGAGUGAAAGGAUGCGGCAUGAACUUUGAGUGGAAUUUGUUUGAGUUCACCUUCAGAGACUGCGAAUCCCUGGCAAAAGCUCUGAAUUCCUGCAAGACUUUACAGGUGCUCAGAAUCCGUCGCAGUAAGGUGGACAACGAGAAGUGCUGUCUGCUCGUGAGUCAGCUGCUGGAUCACCCGUCCCUGCAGGAGCUCGACUUCUCACAUAACCACAUCGGCGACCGCGGAGCCCGAGCCAUCGGAAAGCUCCUGACCCGCGCUCAGCUGAAGAGGCUGGUCGUCUGCAACAACCAGAUCAGAGGUCCGGGAGCUCAGGCGCUGGCUCACGCUCUGUCCAGGAACACCAGCCUGGUGUCCCUCAACCUGAGGCUCAACCGCGUCGGGGACGAAGGGGGUCAAGCUCUGGCUCAGGCUCUGGUGAAGAACGGGACCUUGGUGAGCCUUCACCUCGGGGGAAAUAACCUGAGCGAACCCACGGCCGUGGCACUGUCUCAGACCCUGGUGGAGAACCGUACCCUCAAGAACCUAAACCUGUCCAACAACAGACUGGGAGUCGACGGCGGGAAGGUCCUGGAGGAAGGGAUGUCCCACAACGGCAGUCUGGUGGAGUGUGACAUUCGUCUGACCGAUGUGUCUCCGGACACGCUAUAACGAAGUCUCCACGCAGUGUCCGUUCCGAUGCAGCGAAUGGCGGUCGUGACCGGCGCAGCCCUCGUUGCGGUGAAUAAUCAGUACCGGAAAAUACAGAGCGUCCUGAUAGGCUGGCGGAGAAGGUGGG